AUGGCCUCGCUGCCACCCGGCUGGCGAGCCGACUACGACGGGGCGCGAUGGUUUUAUGUUUACGGGCCCACAGGCCAGUCGCAGUUCCAAUUCCCGCGGCCGGGUGAUGAGUUCCCGGAUUUUGGCGGCGGCUUCCUUCCCCCGGCGGUCGAUCUCAUGCCCGAGGAGAGUCUGAGGGCGAGGGGGCCAAGGCCCAUGGAUCAGGGGGAGCGUUGUGUUGAUGAUGUGUCCUCGGAACUCUUGCUGGAGAGCAUAACUGACGCUACCAAAGGGUUGACCGAUGAUACUUCAUCCGUGCCAUUUACGAGACAGGGAGAGCAUGUUCAAAGUGAGUCGCCGCCAAGUCGAGCAGUACAUUCAAUCAAAAAGUUGUCGAUCCUGAGCGAGCCAGUCCUGGCCGUCCUCGAGACCACUGCCCCAUCCAUUGGUCAUCAAGACCAGGAUCAGCUCGCCACUGUGGCACAAUUAUCACCUACUGAGUUACCGGUACUUGAUAGCCGGGUCAUCAAGUCGACAAAACCGCCCUUGAGAGCUCACCAUGUCGGAAGCAUCUCAGAGCUCUACAGUGAAUCGACAGCACUUUGCGAGUACGAGGUCAACCCGCCACCUGUGGAGCUACCCGACAAUGAAAGAGCUUCGGUUGCGCGUGCCAUGGUUUCGAACUUAGGCAUUCAGAGCCCUGUCGAGCUUCCGGUGCAUGAAGGACCCAAUACCAACCCGGAGGAGGGGAGCAGCACAGCUGGGCUAGGUUCGACGCCGUGUGCCCCAUGGAAGAUGGUGAAGAACCAUAAAAACGCUCCCAAUGAUGGCUUGACAGAGGCGCUUGGAGCGAUAGGCGCUGGCCAUGACCGCGCUGGCCUGCCAUCGCAGGCUUCGAGAAUAUGCUCUGAGAUACCACUUGAUGAAACAUUGUUCUGCAAGAUCGUCAGCUCUACCACGUGUAUAGAGAUCUCUGAAAGUGACAGAGGCAAGCCAGAUGAAAUGGUUGGAACACAGAAAAAGGACCUGACACAUUUUCCUUCUAUCCUCCGGCCUGGUCCACGACGUUCUAGCCAAGCUCCCUCUCAGCAGACACAGCCAGUGACGAACAUUGGUCGUACGGUCCCUGCCAGGCUUGCCACGUCACGGGAGCACGUACAGAAGCAACAGGACGAGGCAGAUUCUGUACCCCAUGGAGGGCCAGUCAGGAUGCCCACUAUGCCGUUCAUGCCUCAUCCACACGAUACGCCAAGCACCGCCGUGACACCAUGCCCUGACACGGCUCGUGGUGGUGGCGCGAGGCAUGAUCGCCUGCCUGGCUCAGUCAACUUUGUUAUCCCCAUACGCCACCUCCCAAGGGACGAAGCCCACGACUCCGCACCUGUUGCUGCGGAGACGACGUGCCCGCCGAAGUAUCAUGUCAGCGCAUCCUUUGCGUCGGCGACGUCCAGUGGAAUUCCUUCGAAGACAGCUGGGACACCCGGCAUUUCCAAUCUGGGACCACGACCUGCGGGUCGAAAUGAACAAGGACACAUCAACGACAGCAGUUCGAAUUCUCUGCUGAGCGAGAGAACGGGUUCUUGGAACCGACCUGCCCAUGAGGCCGACCCAUCUCAUAUCGCCAGGGCGGCAACAGAAGUGGCGGAAUGGAGCUGCGGAUUUGCCAGAUGA